AUGCAGAUUUUCGUGAAGACCCUCACGGGCAAGACCAUCACCCUCGAGGUGGAGUCGUCCGACACCAUCGAGUCGGUGAAGACCAAGAUCCAGGACAAGGAGGGAAUCCCCCCGGACCAGCAGCGUCUCAUCUUCGCCGGCAAGCAGCUCGAGGAUGGCCGCACGCUCGCUGACUACAACAUCCAGAAGGAGUCGACCCUCCACCUGGUCCUGAGGCUGCGCGGCGGCAUCAUCGAGCCCUCGCUGCUCGUGCUGGCCCGCAAGUACAACUGCGAGAAGAAGGUGUGCCGGAAGUGCUACGCCCGCCUGCACCCGCGCGCGGUGAACUGCCGCAAGAAGAAGUGCGGCCGCACCAACCAGCUGCGCCUGAAGAAGAAGCUCAAGUAA